UGUAGCUCCUCCUCCCGACUCUGUCAGCGGCCCCAUCCUGAGAUUACGCAGGUCUGCAGUAGUCGGCGCCUCGGACAUGUUUAGCGGGCGUUAUGCAUCUGUUCUGCUGCUGAGGGUAAGGUUUAAUGGAAAAUACAAACAAUGAAAAAACAGCAACAGGUUUUCAAUGCGGCCACAGACUUUUGGACCCUAUAAAACGCGCAAGAUGGUCAAGAAGUUGGUAUCUGGGGGCAUUAUUACUGUGCAGACAUCCAAGCUGCGGGUGGGCAUGGAACCAGCUGGACACAGCUGGUGGAAAGAUUGUAUGUCAGAAAACAAGCUAGAUCCUUAUUUGUGAAGAACUGUGUCCUCAUUAUCUGCUGAUCAAUAAAUUGAGUCUUCACUGGGAUGUGAGGCUCGAAAUAAACAGAAACCCAGAGAAAUGGAGGGCGGAGGAUACAGGAGGAAUGGAAACUUCCCCAAGUUGCUUAUUUUGAAGCUGCAGUACUAAGGAGAAUAAUCAACACCCCUGGAGAGACCCUCUGAGAAAUCUUAGCAAUGGACUCUGCUCCACCCCUUCUCACUCAAGCUUUACUGCCUUCACAAUCCCCUCCUCUUUCUCAUGUGAACCCUUCUCCCCCUUCUCCAUCUGUUUCUCAACAAAUCAAUAUUUCUCAUGCAUUAUCUCAAUCUGCUUCCCCUUCUUCCCCAACAGCAUCUCAUAUUCACAUCUCACCCCCUCCCGAGUCUCCUUCAUCACCUCCUACUGUUUUUGUCCAUAAUGUCACUCUGCCCCUGCUCUCCCAAUGUUCACCUUCUAAAUCUUCACCUUUAGCGUGUAUCAGCCCUCCUGCUACUUCCCUUCCUCUCACUUCUCCUCCAGUUUCCCCAUUACCUGUUUCUCUCUGCCCCCCACCUGAGAAUCUUUCUCCUCAAAUGGUAACUUUCUGUCCCCUUCCUGUAGCUCCUAGCCCACCUUCCAUUGCACUGUCUCCCCCUCCACCAUCUGUUUCCCCUCCUCCUAUUUCUCCUACCCCUUCACCAAUUUCUCCCUGCCCUCCUGCAGACUCUUCUGCUCCUUCCUCACCUCCAAGCUCCCCUUGUGUUACAGUUAUUCCAACCUCACCGCAGAAUCAUGAUGCCUCACCAGUAUAUUCAUUACCACCAACUUCUCCCUCUCCUCCUCCAUCUUCCUUAUCUCCAUCUCAAGCCUCACCUUCUCCUCCUGCCCCUUCUUCCCUCCUUAGCCUUUCUUUUGCUGAUGAAGAACUGGACCUUCAACGUCAUUCCAAUGGUUUUUCUGAUGGCUCAAGUUCUAAGUCUCGUCAGUUCCCAUGUACAAUAUGUGGAAAGCAGUUUCGUUUUAUCAGCAUUUUAGCACUCCAUGCAAGCACGCACAAGGUGCGUGGGGCUCUAAACCAAGGUCGUGGAGGGCUCAAGAACUUUGAGACAAACUCCCAACAAAGGCCUCUAUUGCUUGAGCAGCAGCAUGAGAAAGAAUCUAAUUCUUCUGAUAUACAAAACUCACCACCAGAUGACAUUCAGGAACCAGUCCCUCUUUUGUCUAUACCUGCUCCUCUUCCAACACUACGCCACCCUUGUCCUUUCUGCAAAGGAAAAUUUCGCAAAGCUGCUGAACUGGAGCGUCACCUCAGAAUACUUCAUAGGCCUUAUAAGUGUCACCUGUGUGACUUUGCAGCAUCUCAGGAGGGUGAGCUGAUGGGACAUGUUGAAAGGAGACAUUCAGCACCCCAGCUACCCAAGAUUGUUCCGCCUUUACCUACCCCAAAGCCCACUCCAGCUCUGCCUCCUGCUGAGUUCAAAUGUGAGAUAUGUUCUCAGAGCUUCACUCAGUCCUGGUUCUUGAAGGGUCAUAUGCGCAAACAUAAGGAUUCCUUUGAUCAUCGUUGUUCAGUUUGUGGUCGAUGCUUCAAGGAGUCAUGGUUUUUGAAAAACCAUAUGAAGGUCCACCUUGGCAAAAUAAAAGGAGUCGGGGGUCAGGAACCAUCUGUGCAUCAACCAUCGCAAUCUUCUCAUGUCACCACUACAAAUUCUCCAUCAUCGUCCUCCUCUUCCAGGCUCCUGGGAUAUCAAAAUUUCUACUCUGGCCUCUUAUUGAGGUUACCUCCUCCUGGGGAUGCUACCUGUUCUCAAAUGCUUCAAGCUACAGCAAGAGCAGUGCAGAGUGGGGAUGGAGAUAAGGAUGGAGCAGGGGCAUCUGCUAGGGGUCAGGCAAUAAGUGCAACAAUCGGAGAAGCAACCUCUUCCAAGGUUAUGCUACCCCAGGGAUCAUCUGGAAUUGUCCUGAAAACAGUGGGUUUUCCAGAUAAGAAUGGAUGGAGCGUUAAUUCCUCCCAGGUAGAGAGACCACGUGGAUCAACUGGAAGAGACUGUCCUUUUUGCGCCAAAUCCUUCCGUUCUUCCCAUCACCUUAAGGUGCAUCUCCGUGUACACACAGGAGAGCGACCCUAUAAGUGUCCUCAUUGUUCAUAUGCUGGCACUCAGUCUGGGUCUCUGAAAUACCACCUGCAGAGACAUCACCGGGACUCCAAACUUGCUUCAGGUGUCCCCCUGAGGGGCAAGAAUCUUCAGCAAGGUGCAACCCAGCAAGAUCGACUACUUCCUAUGUCUACAGCUUGGGCCAAUGCUUGCACUGAUUUGCCCACAACUUGUGAAGAUGGAACCUCUCUACCCCUCCGUCUUCAUGUGACCGAAGGCCAGGGUCCUAGUGCAUUUCCUCGCAUGCCUGGCAGAGGAGGACAAAGGAGAAGGAGUCCCUCACAUCAGCCAACUAAUGGAAGACCAGAGCAUGAGCCUUUGGAUUUGUCUCAAGGAAACCCUUUUCACCGCUGCAUGUACUGUCCAUUUGUAACUUCUGUAGGAGAGCUAAUGAGCCUACAUCUCCAAGUACAUCAUGGGAGGAGAUCACGUAGAAAGGGAGGCUAUAUAAGAGGAAGACCCCGUCCUGUGAUUUCUCCACAGUCCCAAAGCCCUAGCCUGAGAGACAGCCCAGAGCCAUGUGAAAGCACUGAGUGAACUAAGAAUUAAAGGGCAGAUGGUAUGAGAAGUGCCCUGUAACUGCCCAAAAAUCCAUUGUCCACAUAAAAAGAGAGAUGAAACGUUUAAGCAUGAUGAAAUGUGAUGGUUAGAUAGAGAAGAUGUGAGGGCUUAUGAUGGAUAGAGAGGGGAGACAGCUAGAAAAUGAAAGGAGUGAUUGAGGAACAUAGAAAAUGGGUGAGUGGGUGUAACAGCUAGGAAUCGGUAGACUGUGGCAGAGACAGGAAAAAUGGAGGUAGAAUGUGAGAGAGCUGGGGAAGGUAUUGUAGGAAGAUAGCUGGACUUGAAAGGUAUAUUGCAGUUGAGAGAAAGAGACAGUUAGUGAUACCCUUUCCUGGGAGAGACAGUCAGUGACAGUGAGGACAAUAAGGUUAGCCGUCAAGAGAUAACUGAUUAUCAAAAUGACUGGCUCUCAAAGGUCACAAGCAAUAAAUGUGCGAUUGAAAUACAGUUUUAGAGAGUGGAUGCAGGCAAGACAUUGAAACCGCACUAGUGAAAGAGUACAGGAGGAUACAUUUCACUACUGCGGUAGAAUGCUGGCAACAUAUCCGUGGUAUGAGACAAAAGAACCAGCUAUAGAAAUAGGAUCACAGAAAGUUAGAGAUAGAAUGAGAAACACUAGACAUAGGGUUAAUAAAGGAUUAAUAGACAUGCUAGUAAUAAUGAUUAUUUUGCCCCAGAAAUAUCCUUUCUGGUUGUUGCUGAGACUUUAUUUUUGAUAUUAUAAUUUGGAUCUUUCUUCAGACCCAGCCGCCAGUAGACACCCCAAAACACAUGCUCCUUCUUCAACAUUCCCAAUGAUUUAGAAUUCUGCUGAAAGAAUACAU